CCCAGUCCCUGCCCCCUCUCCCCACAACCAGUCAGGAAGCAUACAGGACUGGCUCUCUACAAGUCCUUUUGGUCCCCCCAGCCUUGCCAGAGAAGGACAGGCAGAGACAGGUGGGCUUUGCUGGUGCCCUUCCCUCUGCCCUCCCUCCCCAGGGCCCAGCCGGAUAGACUCAGGGAUUGGGGGAGUCUGGGAAGGAAACAGAAGCCACUCUCAUACCCUAUUUGGGGUGCCCCCGUCUCAGAGUGGUGACUGCCUCCCAGGGGGCGGACCCGGGGCUAGCCAGGGCCUGGGAAGGUAGCCGCUGCUGCUGCCACUGCUGACCCAGCCAGGAAGGAAGGAAAAGGCCCCGGGCACUCCCGGAGGGACACAUGGCCACUUUCCACCUGCGGGGCCCCCUGCUGCCCAGUGGCUGCCAGCCCAAGCAAUCCUCAGGAGGAAACCCGAGCCUGAGUGGCCGGUAGGGGACUGAAGGAGGGCUGCCCUCCACCCUAGAGCAUAACUCCGAUCCCAGGAGUCCGGCUCUGAAUACCCCAGCUCCUGUCGGCCUCACACCGUGGCCUGAGGGCUGACUCGCGGCACCACCAUGAGCGAGGCAUUCGACUGUGCCAAGUGCAGCGAGUCCCUGUAUGGCCGCAAGUACAUCCAGACAGACAGCGGCCCCUACUGCGUGCCCUGCUAUGACAACACCUUCGCCAACACUUGCGCUGAGUGCCAGCAGCUUAUUGGGCAUGACUCAAGGGAGCUGUUCUAUGAAGACCGCCACUUCCACGAGGGCUGCUUCCGCUGCGGCCGCUGCCAGCGCUCGCUCGCCGACGAGCCCUUCACGUGCCAGGACAGCGAGCUGCUCUGUAACGACUGCUACUGCAGCGCCUUCUCCUCGCAGUGCUCCGCCUGUGGGGAGACCGUCAUGCCCGGGUCCCGGAAGCUGGAGUAUGGAGGCCAGACGUGGCAUGAGCACUGCUUCCUGUGCAGCGGCUGUGAGCAGCCACUGGGCUCCCGCUCCUUCGUGCCCGACAAGGGUGCUCACUACUGCGUGCCCUGCUAUGAGAACAAGUUUGCUCCUCGCUGUGCCCGCUGCAGCAAGACGCUGACCCAGGGUGGAGUGACGUACCGCGACCAGCCCUGGCAUCGCGAGUGCCUGGUGUGCACCGGGUGCCAGACGCCCCUGGCAGGGCAGCAGUUCACCUCCCGGGAUGAUGACCCCUACUGUGUCGCCUGUUUUGGAGAGCUCUUUGCACCUAAGUGCAGCAGCUGCAAGCGCCCCAUCACAGGACUCGGUGGGGGCAAGUAUGUGUCCUUCGAGGACCGCCACUGGCACCACAGCUGCUUCUCCUGCGCCCGGUGCUCCACGUCCCUGGUGGGCCAGGGCUUCGUGCCGGAUGGAGACCAAGUGCUGUGUCAGGGCUGCAGCCAGGCAGGGCCCUGAACCUUCAGAACCAGGGCUCCAGGACUACGGCCCCUCUUCGCAACCCCCUCUGGGACCCAGCCCUUCCCCCAAAUGGGGCUCCCCCUGCCCCCAGCGACCUCUCACUGGUACUCCCCAAUCCAGACCUGGACUCCAGGACCCAGCCCUCUCCUCCGCAGUCGGGGUUCCCAGAGCAAGCCCACUCCCCACGUCAGGCCUGUAGACCCCAGCUCUUCAAACCUGAACUCUGGGACCUGGGGCCCCCUUACAUCUGGACUACUCUCCAGAGAUUUUAGGUGGCUUGCGGGCACCUGAGAAGUCCUCCACAUGGACUGUACUCAGGCUUGAGCCCUGGCCCAUCCCACCCGGGUCCCCUGGGCUGCCGGGAGGGGCCUGUCUGGGCUGCACCUGGGGAGGCUCCCCCGUUAAGGGGCUCUGGGGUACAGGUGCUGCCCAGGCUGUGUCUGUCGAGUGUCUUCUCGUUUUAUUUCAGCUGCAUUUUGCCCAGAGAUGGGCAGAGGGGGUGGGAUUAGCCCGCCCCUCUUCCAGAUUCUGCAAUAAAGCAGUGUGGGGAA